GGUCAAAUCAAGAAAUUAACGGGGGAAAAUGGAUAUGGAUAAAGUAAUAAAAAUCGAGUUGGAUAAAGAAGGACCCACCUGCGAGUAAAUUCCAAUUUUGUGUAAACAAGUUUCUGCAUAAACUGUACCGACUUGUGUUCUUCAUUGACAUCGAGAGGUCAAUAAAGUAACCUACUUUUCGUUCAUCCUCAAAUCCUCUCAAGGCUUCCUUUCAAUUCCUUCUCUGCCAAAAUUACAAAUUUCUGAGUUUUUCAUUUAUCAAAGAUCUGAAUCAGAAUUACAGAAAAUUGAGACGGACAUGGAUGCCAUUUCAUCUCUAAGAACUGAGGGUGGAGUUGGUACUCAAUUUUCUAGGAUUCUUCCUCGAACCAAUCAUGGGCUUUGUCCCUUUUCUCUGGAUAAUAAAUCAAAAUCGAAACUUUUUCCGGUUAUGAGCCUCGAUUUGAAGGAACAUCCCAUGGUUUCAACAGAUUUCACCAACCAAACACUUACCGCGUUUUCUUCUUCCUCUGUGGCUGUUCCUGCAAAGACACCAUCGUCAUCAAUUGGUAUGAGUAGAGGAAUGAGAUGGUGGGAAAAGUCAACGAAACACAACAUGUUAGAGAUUCACUCUGCAAAUCAUCUCGUUGACUCUUUAUUGAAUGCUGGAGAUAGAUUAGUUGUUCUUGAUUUCUACUCUCCUGGUUGUGGUGGCUGCAAAUCUCUCCACCCAAAGAUCUGUCAAUUGGCGGAAUCAAACCCAAAUGUGAUGUUUCUCAAAGUGAAUCAAGAAGAGCUUCGAACAAUGUGCCAUGGCCUCAACGUUCAUGUGCUUCCUUUCUUUAAGUUUUAUAGAGGCGCAGAGGGUAAAACAUGUAGUUUCAGCUGCACCAUUGCCACUAUCAACAAGUUCAAGAAAGCGUUGGAAAAGCACGGGAACGAAAGAUGCAGCCUAGGACCAGCAAAGGGUUUAGACGAGAAGGAACUCAUGGCUUUAGCAUCGGUCGGGGAACUGAAAAUGAAUCCGGUGUCCUUAACAAUGCAUCAAGAUUUGUUGUCAUCAUCAUCUGCUAUCGACUUCUGUUAUAAUACAGAGGAACAGCAUCAAAAGAUGGUGGUCUAAAAGAGAUGUUCUUUUCAUUAGGGUUUCUUGUUGAUUUGUAGAUAAGAUUAUUGAUUAGUAUCAUCAUCGUCAUUGGUAUGGCUUUUCUUCUUUUAGUUUCAUCCCUUAAUUAGCAAUGCCAAUUUUUAGUAACUUCAAGAUUAAGCUGUACCGUAAGCUUACAUUUUGAUAAUCUUGGGACUUCAAAUUUACAAUAUUAACUUAAGCUUUAUAAGAGAAUAGUACUGUAAUCUGGAUAUUGGAUUAAAAUUGGUAAAUUGUGACAGAAACUAGUAAAUAUGUUUUUAGAUCGACUAUAAGGGAUCUGAGUGAAACAGAGACGAAGGAGUUGAUUAUGACAGAUUAUUGUAACCGUACUAUGACGGGAUAAUUUCAAGGCUUUACCUCAGCAUCAAGAUUGUAAUCACAUAUGUUUACACAUCAGAUCUGAUGAUUAUUUGAAAUCCAUCAUUGGUAAAGCCUUGCACUUUCGAUCAGAUAAAAACAGAUUCGUGCAAACAACAGAUUUCAAAUCACAAAACAAAAAAGGAUUUUGAAAACUUGAAAGUAAAGAGAGUUGUUUAUGCAUCAGAGAGAUUCCCAUUAUAGACUAUAGUCAACACAGAUAAUUUCUGAUGUCCCUGUCUGUUUAAUC